AUGAUGACCCCGUUCGUGGUACGGCCAUAUGGACAUGGAGACAUAGUCAUGCGCAAUUUUCUGUGGAAGGGGAAGUGCUGCUUUGCUCUCUACAGGAAAUACUGGAGUGAAGAAGAUGUGGCAAAUGGUACAUGGUUGGAUGACUGGGAACGCCACAAGCACGAUUGUGUGAGUGAAGAGUUUCAAGGAAGGGAGGAUGAGUGUGUAAGGCUGCACUUUCAAAACAUCCAGGAGAUCGCUGACAGGAUACACUGGCCAAGAGUUCUGCCAAAGAUUCGUGAAGCCGUGUAUAAGGCUGCCGAUGUGGACUCCAUAACUCAGGAGGUGAAAAAAGCGCGCAGUUUGCGGUCUUCUUGCUCUCCUGUUCGCCAGGCAUCGGUCACCAAAGUGGAGAAAGAGUUGUGGAUGCAACUAGAGAUUGCUAGCUUUGGAAGACUCAUCGCAUGCUGCUGGCUCGUCCCUCUGCAUUUUCUCAUCACCAGAGUUUUCUUGAGCAUAAUCGGAAGACAGAUGUACCUUGACUGUGCUGUGGACUCCAUCCACAAGAGCUUGAGCGCACCCGCCCGCCAACGCAAUCCAGUGCCCCCAAGGUUCACCAACGAGUGCCAGGAGCGAGCUCUGUUCUGCAUGACAGCCCUGCCGGAUCUCAGCCUGCAGGAACUGCUUCCGCAUAUGAAGAGUGCUGUCGAUGAAAAUGUCAAGAACAUCGAAUUCAGUGAGCUAAUCAGCGGCGAAGCAUUCUUGAAGCUGGUUUCUGACAUGCAGCAGAAAAUGGAGGAGCAGCUUGCAUCUCACAAUUGGGCCUCUGCCUUUGAAACUGAGUACAUUGAGACCUUGGAGGCAAGAGUGGUCCACCCUGCACAAUGGCAUCCCCACUCCCUCCAAGAGACCAAGCUCAUUAAGGAUGUCAUCAACGAGGUUGUAGAGGUUGUGGGCAGCAAACGCUUUGCAGCAUGUCUGCUGGACUGUGUGCGUUGCUACACACAGUGUCUGGCGAACACUGUCCUUGAGGUGAUGCAAGGGCAGACAGGAAACGGCCAAGCCAGUGGGUCAAGCAGCCCCCAAGCUCAGAGCCUGCCCUUUGUCAAAUGUUUGUCUGUGGCAAACCGCAUUUCCAAGAAAUGCCUGGAGAAAGACACGCCCAAGGCCUUGGUCAUGGGAACUCUGGGUGUGGUCCACGAGCUCUGCGUGGAUGUGUACACUUCGGGUGUUACUCCACAACAAGAUCGCUGGCCGUGA